CCUCGCAUCAUCGGAGCAGCGAGCGGCGCCCUGUCAUCCUGUUCAUGGAGAUCGUCAAGUUAUGCCGUGAAAACCAUGCUCUGCGCUAGACGACCGCUCGCUUCUUGUGUUUAAGGCCUUGGACUGAGUCUGCCAUCUUCAGGUUGCCAUGGCGACGGUGGUGAUGGAGCAGAUCGGGCGCCUGUUCAUCAACGCGCAGCAGCUGAGGCAGAUCCCGCAGCUGCUGGAGUCGGCCUUCCCCACUCUGCCUUGCACCGUCAAGGUGUCCGACGUUCCAUGGGUCUUCCAGGAGCGCCACAUUCUCAGCGGCUACCGCCAGCCGGACCACAGCUGGCGCUACUACUUCCUCACGCUCUUCCAAAGGCACAACGAGACCCUCAAUGUGUGGAGCCACCUGCUGGCGGCGCUCAUCAUCCUAGUGAAGUGGCAGGAGAUCUCGCAGACGGUGGAUUUCCUCCGAGACCCUCACGCUCAGCCUCUCUUCAUCGUGCUCCUGGCGGCGUUCACAUACCUCUCCUUCAGCGCCCUCGCGCAUCUCUUCUCGGCCAAAUCGGAGCUCUCCCAUUACACCUUCUACUUCCUGGAUUACAUCGGCGUGGCGGUGUACCAGUACGGCAGCGCCCUGGCGCACUACUACUACGCCAUGGAGGAAAGCUGGCACGCACGCGUGCAGGGCUGGUAUUUACCGGCCGCCGCCUUCCUGGCCUGGCUCACCUGCUUCGGCUGCUGCUACGGGAAGUACGCCAGCCCUGAGCUGCCCAAACUGGGUCACAAGCUUUUCCAAGUGGUGCCCUCCGCCUUGGCUUACUGCCUCGACAUCAGCCCCGUGCUCCACCGCAUCUACAGCUGCUACCAGGACGGCUGCUCUGACCCGGUGGUGCCGUACCACUUCUACCACGUGCUCUUCUUCCUCAUCGGCGCCUACUUCUUCACCUGCCCCCACCCGGAGAGCUGGUUUCCUGGGAGGUGCGACUUCAUCGGGCAGGGCCACCAGAUCUUCCACGUCUUCGUGGUGAUGUGCACUUUAAUGCAGCUGGAGGCGCUGCGGACUGACUUUACCGAGCGCCGCCCGCUCUACGAGCGCCUGCACGGCGACCUGGCCCACGACGCCGUUGCGCUGUUCAUCUUCACCACGUGCUGCAGUGCUCUCACGGCGUUCUACGUGCGCAAUCGCGUGCGCUCCAGUCUGCACGAGAAGAGGGAGUGAAGAUGCGCAGCCAGGGAAGCAUGUUGCCUUUACUCUCAUGCUGCCGCUCCUCCAACUAACAAUGAGGCUGGUUAUUCCCUUGUUCAUUGAAUUAUUUAAAAUGUAUGUAAAUGUUUAUUUCUUUAAAUCCAUGAACCGUUCUUCACUGAAGUGUUUGACCCACAGAAAAAGCUAAGGAAGUGGCAAAAAUAUUUGCAGAAAUGAUCAGAUAUAUUAUUCAAAAAACCUCUAAUUUAUUCUGUAAAUUAUUUUAUAAUUUUUUCCUGAUGAUUUUUGUAUAUUUCGUCAAAGUAAUAACAAAGUUCCGUUUUUCAGGUCUUCUGCCCUCUGCUGUCCGAUAGUUGUAAUGUCGAUUCAGGAGCCUGAUAUUGACGUGGGGAAAUAUAUUCUCAUUAAAUACAAUCAUCAACUUACACAAAAAACAGUGUUAGGAGGCAAAGCUCAUGAUUCUGACAAUGUUUAAGGAGGGGGUAAAGGAACAAGUGAUUUGAGUUUAACAUCUGAGCUUCUGACUGGACAACUGAUGGCCUGACGCCUCAGACUCUUGCCCAAAACACACCCCCAAACCUUCGAAACUCACCGCCUCUGAACUGCAGGUCUCGGCACCAUGUCACCCAAGCCCAGCGUAGUUCGGGUUCUCUGACUUGUGACCUGAGAAACCUUGCUCCUCGCAGUCUCUCUGUAAAUCCAAGAGUCAGAAGGUGACCUUGGCUUCUCUCCAACGUGAUGGCAGACACACAUGAUAAGAACCUGAGCUCCAAAACUGAGCAGGUCCAAUGAGCCUCUCCUGAUGGUGAGAGCAGCCCGCUGGUGUCUCCACCCUCAGUAUUUGGCCCCUUCAGUGACAUGUGGAACAACUGCAUGGGUGGCAACAGGUGAACCUCAUACCAGGGCCUCAGAACACUCUUCAGUCAUGUGACCUCAUAUGCUUCGCCCUCAUCCCUCGACUAAAAUGUGACAUGCUUCCGCGCCUCUCUGUCUCCAGUAUAAAUAUUCCCUCCUCGUUCUGUGACUUCUCACCGUCAUCUGCCAAAGUACAGCCGACUUCAGCGUUUCUUUUCAGUCCCCCGUGACACUUCAGCCGAGCAGAUACAUGAAGAAGCGAUUCUCUUUCCGUCGGUCUUGUAUUCAUGAUUUCCACCUGGAAGGGCUCUCGCACAUGGAGGAGUGCCAUGAAACUUCUGACGUCUCUUUGCUGUCGUGCUGCUGUUUAUUUCCUCAGCUCUGCCUUCUUGCAUCACAUGGUUGCACUGUUGAACAAGGUGUUUUGUAACAUAACUGUGUGUGUGCCUCGACGCAUGUUUUAAUAUACACUGGAUGUGAAGGUGUGAAUGUUCUGUCUUCUCUCUGAACUGUGAAACGACGAUGAGUGAGGUUGUUUUUUUGCUGCGUUUCCUGCGGAACUCUGCUCGGUUUUGUCUCACCACGCCGUGCCGGCGUUUCUCACGUGCCAAUGAAUCUGUGCAUCGGUGACGGCGUUUCGGAGAAAUGAGUGGUGGAUACGUUCCACAAAUGAACUCUGUAUAUACAUUUUUGUUUACACGCAUGUGGAUUUGUACCAUUUUUAGCAACGUGAGCGAAUAAGGAAUGGAAACGUGUGACGUAAAGACGGAGCUCAGUUAACCCAAAGCUGUUUGGAGCCUGCGUCACCUGGACGCCGUCGUGCCGGUGAAUGUACCCACGUGUUGUGAAGCUACUGAGGUGGCCCUGAGUGUGGAGCAAGUGUGGCCGGCUGUACUAAUACUCUGUGCUGUUUAAGUUAAAUAAA